CCCCACAUCAGCUGGCGUGGCGCGAAACAGCGAGCAGGGAACAUCGAACACUACUCAAGAUUUCUUCCAAAAUUCUCCAAGACCUUCUUGAGAAAGAUGGCAGUGCCUUCUGUCCAGCUUCCGUCAGGUGUAAAGAUGCCGGUUCUCGGACUCGGGACAUGGAAAUCAAAACCAGGAGAGGUAACCGAAGCGGUGAAAGCUGCCAUCGACGCUGGCUACAGGCACAUUGACUGCGCACAUGUGUACGGUAAUGAGAAUGAAGUAGGUGCCGGGCUGAAGGCCAAGUUCGACGAGGGUGUUGUCAAGAGGGAGGAUAUGUUCAUCACCAGUAAGAUCUGGAACGUGUUCCACCACCCUGACGAUGUAGAGGGAGCGGUGAGGAAGAGCCUAACGAGCCUGGGACUAGACUACCUGGACCUGUACCUCAUCCACUGGCCCAUGGCGUACAAACGCUUCAAGGAUGGCGGGGAGAUGUUUCCCAAAGACGCCGACGGGAAGUUCAUACGAGAGGAGAUCCCUUUCACCGACACCUGGAAGGCGCUGGAAGCUUGUGUUGAGUCCGGGCUGCUGAGGAACAUCGGCCUGUCCAACUUCAACAGUAAACAGAUCCAGGCUGUCAUCGAUGUCGCUAAGGUCAAACCUGCUGUCCUACAGGUGUGUUAACUAGGGCUGGGUACCUUAAAAUUGUUAC